AUGCCACCGCCGGAAGCGUUCGAUCGUAAGAGGGGAGUCCCGUUCCGCAGGCAGAUGCUGCUCUGCCGCGUGACUUUGGGGCGCGCGUUCCAGCUGGCGAGCGCGAUGAAGAUGGCGCACGCGCCGCCCGGCCACCACAGCGUGGCGGGCAGGCCCACGCACGGCGGCCUCUGCUACCCCGAGUACGUGGUGUACCGCGGCGAGCAGGCGUAUCCGGAAUAUCUGAUCACUUAUCAGAUAGUCAACGAGGAGAACGGCCCGGACGGCGUG